AUGGGCAUUAAGUUCAUGAUGGAUGGUCACGACAGACGUGCCAAGUACUUCCAUCUCUUGCACGUAACAUCACUUUCUUUCUUUCUUGCCUUGGCCAUUAACGGAUUUGUAACCGAGUUUCUUAAGAACCGUAUUGGCAAAUUUAGACCCGAUUUUCUACAGAGAUGCGGUCCUAAAGUUAGCGAAGACGACGGAACAGGGUUCAAUCACGUUUACAAUGAGACCAUCUGCUCCAUGCCAUUAGGUGCAAGCGUUUUUAAAGAUGGCUACAAGUCGUGUCCCUCGGGCCAUUCUUCUUUUGCUUGGUGUGGUCUUACAUUUUUCAAUUUGUGGAUCUCGGGUCAAUUCAAACUUCAUGCACCAGUCGAUCCAGAUAGUAAGUCGAUUGAAUCUUCAGGAAACUCACGCUACCACAGGUUCCGCCUGGCUCAAUUGAUCAAUUUACUACCCCUCUGUCUCUGUCUACAGAUUGCUGUCAGUAGGUCCGAGGAUUAUAGGCACGAUUUCAUCGAUAUAUCCUUAGGUUCGUUAAUUGGCCUCGCUACCUCCGUCAUUGUUUACUCUCAGUUCUUCAGAUCAAUUUUUAGCUAUUAUUGUUCAGAGACAAAGUUCAGUGAUUACCAGUUAUUACAGUCUUACGAGGAUAUACCAGUGUAG